GGAUAUGUUAAUUCAUCAGAUUGGAUCAUUCCACAAUGUAUACAUGCAUGGAAAUAAAUUGGACUAGGCCCGAUUAUCCCCAAAGGUGCUUGGAAAGUGUCACAUUAGAAUUUAGGGUUGUCUAUUUAGAAAGCGCCGAGACAUGUUCAUACAUGUAUACCCCAUAAACAUACACCCCAUAAACAUAUACAAUUAUUAUUUGUCAAUCAAAAAUAAAAUAAAACUUUACAAAAGUGAAGUCUUGAUCCCUGUUACUCACAUAGUGUCAAAUAAAUGCUAGCUGUGAAUAUUGUAUUUACUAUUAACAAGGUGUAUUUCCUUAAACUUUUACUGUCUAUUAGAAUCUCACUGAUUUGGCUGGCACAGAAACCACAGCGCAGCCUCCAGCUCUUAUAGUGGCCUGGAAUUUGGAGUAUAUUCUCCUGUAAUGGAGAUGUGGGAGGGUAUUGUCUUUGAGCUGAUUCCAAAGUGGGCCAUGGCCCAGCUGUUGGGGCUGGGCAGUGCUGUAAUAUGUCCAGGCUAGCACCUUCUUGGUUUUCAAAGUCCAAUUAUAGAGACCUCUUGUUUGUCCUUCUCUUUCUCAGCUGGUGUUCUUGCCUUGGCAUCCCUAAUAGAAGAUGAUAUAAAAACAUUUAGAGGAAAUGAAACUCUGUUCCACGUACUAGUUACCUGUUCCCCUUCACAGAAAAAGGCUUAGUUUAGCAAAGAGAACUAAAGGUAGAGAUUAUGCUUCUAAAUGCAUAGCAAUAUAUGUCUAGCUCAUUGACAGCACUCAAUAAAUGUUGCUUUUAUUAGUAUUACAGGUAAGCCAAUACGAGGGUAACCUGGGCAUAGGGUAGGCAGGAUGUGACUCUUCUCUUAUCCCCAGACUUAGUAUUUUAGUAUUUUUGCUGAGAAUCUGGUUGAUGAUCUGAAAGCUCCUCAAAGUCUCCUGUGAUCGAAGCAGACAGCUUUUAUCCUUGGGGAACCAUUGUAAUUGGUAUUAGUACUAGGUUCAUGAAUCUUAACGAUUAUGGAGUUCAGCUUAGUCCAGCAUAACCCACUAUGCUUUGUAGAGAAUAACUUAGCAGGAACAGCCCUCUGCUAGGUAGUUGCUUCCUAAUAAUUGUUAAUUUUGGUUUAACAACUGAAGUAUUAGGGAAUCUAGUGACUUUAAGAAAUAGUAUUGAAGUGGUGGUAAUUGAGAUUUAAAAAGUUGCCUCUGUGACAAAUGAAAUAGAUUUAAGCUGGGGGGAAAUAGUUACCCAUCAACAGGGGUGGUAUUUAGAAUAUUUAACCAGAAACCACUGCAGGCCCCUAGAUGUGCCAGACACCUAUUCUUGUUGAAUAGUGAGGAGGCCUUGGGGCACUACGAGGAGACAGAGCAUUCGGAGGUGGGGGGUUGGGGGGGGAUUGGGGCACUGACUCUUUCCAUGCUCUUAUGGAAGUAUUUCAGUAUUUUAAACAACUGGUAUAGCUGAACCAGUCAAGUACUGGAGGCGGUGUAGGAGAGAGUGUCUGAAAUUGGCAGAUAUUCAGAGCUGUUGAUAGAUUCUUCACUUGUCUUCUUUAAUUCGUUGCUGAGAAAACCUUAGUUGCGCUAGGCUCGAUUAUCCCCAAAGGUGCUUGGAAAAUGUCACAUUAGAAUUUAGGUUUGUCUAUUUAGAAAUCACUGAGACAUGUCCAUUUAUUCAGAAAAUACUGACUGUGUAUACAGUGUGAGAGGUCCCCAGUCUGUAUCGGUGGCCUUGAAAUUGUUCCUGCUCUUCUACUAUAUGCUAGAAAUCUGUCCUUGAGAAAGGAUUACAAGGAUGUUUGCUGCAACAGUUGGGCAAAAUCUCAAUGUGCAAGCAUGGGGAAAGAGCUAAGUCAUAGCAUAUCCUCCACCCAGAAUAUUAUGUACCUCUUAAAUAACACAGAUACAAAUAAGUUUUCAGGACUUAGGAACUAAUUCUGACUGUGAAGUGUUAGGUGGGCAACAAAAACCUAAAGGAAUGAUUAGUGUAAGGACAUCAAAAUGCAUGGUUAGCACUGAUUAUUAUUUGAUGGUGGAAUAUGGGUAAAGUUAAUUUUCUUUAUGGAUAUUUCUAUGUGUUUCACUUUUUUUGGUCAUCUGUGGGUGUUAACUUAUGACUAGAGGUGUUCCAGAAGUAUUUUUUUUAAACUUCAUUAAACAUUUAAAAAUUAUUGUGUAAUUAGUGAGUGGGUGAACAUGUUGGAUUUAAACUUGGAGAAGCACAUUUGGAGGUUGUAUUUAUCUCCUGUAAAGAAAGCUGCUGACUUGGUGGGAUAAAAAUAAGAGGCCUUGGUCAGCCUCCUGGCGUUGAGGCACCCGGCUCCCCCAGGCUUCCAGACUGCUGGUUCUGAGAGGCCCUAAUGGGCUUGUUGAAAGGCUCUACUUGGCUUCUUAUUAAUGUCCCUCCCUGAGCAGUGCUCUGCUCUGCUGGCUAACCUUGUCAGAAGGUUACCCGCGGCUCUCCAGGGCUCAGCUAAUUUUAAACCUGGUCAGGCAGUGUGGUGGCAUUGCUCUCCAGAGACAUGAACAGCUCCCUGGGUGACACCGCUGGGGAAAGAUGAGUUGAGUCCACGGUUUUUUCUCAUCCUCCUGUUUAUUUUCUUGAAAAGACUCCAGGCUUCGGCUUGGAAAAUCCCACCGCCAAAAUUGAGCCCAGCAGCUGGAGCGGCAGCGAGAGCCCUGCCGAAAACAUGGAAAGGAUGAGCGACUCUGCAGAUAAGCCAAUUGACAAUGACGCAGAAGGGGUCUGGAGCCCCGACAUUGAGCAGAGCUUUCAGGAGGCCCUGGCUAUCUAUCCGCCAUGUGGGAGGAGGAAAAUCAUCUUAUCAGACGAAGGCAAAAUGUAUGGUAGGAAUGAAUUGAUAGCCAGAUACAUCAAACUCAGGACAGGCAAGACGAGGACCAGAAAACAGGUGUCUAGUCAUAUACAGGUCUUAGCAAGAAAGAAAGUUCGAGAAAUUCAAGCCGCCAUUAAGGUGUCUAGUCACAUUCAGGUUCUUGCCAGAAGGAAAUCUCGUGAUUUUCAUUCCAAGCUAAAGGUAACAAGCAUGGAUCAGACCGCAAAGGAUAAGGCCCUGCAGCACAUGGCGGCCAUGUCCUCAGCCCAGAUCGUCUCGGCCACUGCCAUUCACAACAAGCUGGGGCUGCCUGGGAUUCCACGCCCGACCUUCCCAGGGGCGCCGGGGUUCUGGCCAGGAAUGAUACAAACAGGGCAGCCAGGAUCCUCACAAGACGUCAAGCCUUUUGUGCAGCAGGCCUACCCCAUCCAGCCAGCGGUCACAGCCCCCAUUCCAGGUUUUGAGCCUGCAUCAGCCCCAGCUCCCUCGGUCCCUGCCUGGCAAGGUCGCUCCAUUGGCACAACCAAGCUUCGCCUGGUGGAAUUUUCAGCUUUUCUUGAGCAGCAACGAGAUCCGGACUCGUACAACAAACACCUCUUCGUGCACAUUGGGCAUGCCAACCAUUCUUACAGUGACCCAUUGCUUGAAUCAGUGGACAUUCGUCAGAUUUAUGACAAAUUUCCUGAAAAGAAAGGUGGCUUAAAGGAACUAUUUGGAAAGGGCCCUCAAAAUGCCUUCUUCCUCGUAAAAUUCUGGGCUGAUUUAAACUGCAAUAUUCAAGACGAUGCUGGGGCUUUUUAUGGUGUAACCAGUCAGUACGAGAGUUCUGAAAAUAUGACAGUCACCUGUUCCACCAAAGUUUGCUCCUUUGGAAAGCAAGUAGUAGAAAAAGUAGAGACGGAGUAUGCAAGGUUUGAGAAUGGCCGAUUUGUAUACCGAAUAAACCGCUCCCCAAUGUGUGAAUAUAUGAUCAACUUCAUCCACAAGCUCAAACACUUACCAGAGAAAUAUAUGAUGAACAGUGUUUUGGAAAACUUCACAAUUUUAUUGGUGGUAACAAACAGGGAUACGCAAGAAACUCUCCUCUGCAUGGCCUGUGUGUUUGAAGUUUCAAAUAGUGAACAUGGAGCACAACAUCAUAUUUACAGGCUUGUAAAGGACUGAACAUGGUUAUUUAUAUAUAUAGAUAUCUGUAUAUACACACACACAUAUGUGCACACACACACACACACUCUCUCUCCAUUAUCGAAUGACUGACCGUAAACCUCACCACACAGGGUGGUGCCCUGGCCCCGAGGUCACCCCAGCUUUUCUAAAUCCUGUUUGAGUGAAGUCAUUUUUUCAUGUGUUCAUACUAUCAUGGUAGCUGUGAAGUUCUGGUACAGUUGUAAAAAGAGAAAUUGAGUUGUUUCUGUAUGUUCUUCAAAUGUGCAGCCCACAGUUCCUCGGGAAAGGUGAACCUGAACAACCCAAGUCUCUCUCUGCAGAGCCCUGUUUCUAAUUGUGGUAGAAAAUAUUGAGACAGAGCAUUUGCCAUGGGACAUUUACAGCCUUUAUACAAAUGUAUUUAGUUCUCUUUUUUUCCAACGUAAAAUUCUUGUUUUAAGAUACAAGUAAAAUUAAUCUUUAAAUAUAAAUGUAAAUUAGUACACAAAACUAAGAAUCUUUAGACUUAUCUUUGUAACUAAUUAGGGUGGAAGUUAUGAAAGAAUGUAAUUCACUAAAUUAUUUUUUAAAUGAAACCUUUUUUUUUUCUUUUUGAAACCAAAUGUUAAACUAUAGCCUUAAGAAAUGCUUGGUAGAAGUGUCCUAAUGAGACAGAUUUGUACUUUUUUCCUCAAGGUUAACACUAAUCUCCUAAUCCAUUAAACUCUUGAACAGGUAUUACAAAGGAAGAAAACUUCACCCCUUAUCCUUAACAUAUAUAGUAUAUUUAAAAAUAUAAAAUUGUAUUGUACUAAUGUGAUGAUUAUUUAAUGAAAAAGAAAAGAUGGCUCUUUUUGCAAUAAGUAGAUACAUACUGAAAAAAAUCUAAACUUACAAUGUUUAUAGUCUUGUGUGUGCAGUUAUAUUUUAUAUGGACAACCAAAUUUUUUAUUAUGCUGAGUAAAUAUUUGAACCACUGAAUUUUAAUAACAAAAUUUUUAAAUUGGCAUGAAUACUGCACUUUGAGAUGCAAAGUAUAGAGAAUUCUGUGGCUGGGAGAAAAUUUAAUCAAACAGACAAGUAAAAGGCUCAUCAGUUUUAGCAUCUCUGCUCCGCAGAAAACUAAGCAUCCUCUCUAGCCUGUGGAUACAUUCUUUAUUUCUAGUGACCCAAUAUGCAUAUUAACCUGCUGUAACUAGAGGCCUGUGUAUACGUAUGUGUAUACAUAUACACACAUGCACAUAUAGUUACUCAACACAUUUAGUGAACACUUGUUUAGUGUCACUCAGUUUGCUAGGUGCUGAUAUGUAUGUAUAUCUCAAUCUGUGUCUGUAGACUUAAAUACAUCCUCUCUAAGAACAUUCAUUUCCUUAGCAUCUUUCAGUAAGUUACAGUUCUUGUUUGACUUAGAGGCCCAGCUACCUCUCUCUGAUUUUUUUCAAAUAAUAGGCUCAUUUGGGAGAUUCUCUUUCCAGGAGAGAUUCAACUUUCCAAUCUAAGUAUUCCAGAGCAUUGCCCAGACAGAGUUGGUUAGAUGUGGCCUGGAUGUUUUGAGUUAUUUCCGUAAGUGUUUCACUGGGGAGAGAACAGGGAGUAUCCCUCCAACUUCCCAAAGAAAUAGGUUUUCAUAAGUGGUAGGAAUAUAUGAACACAAUAGAACAUGAAAUAAGUUUCGUAGUUUCUAAAACAUGUCAAGAUUUUUCCACCAAGCUAGAAAAUAAAAAACUUAGUUCUGCCACAACCAAGUAACUUACACGCCCCCUUCCCUGUCUUAACACCUGCAUUGACCCUGCUUGUGUUAAUACAACAGUCAACAUCUGUGGUCCCGAACAAGAUGUUCAGCUGGCUCAUGGGAAACACCACAACACUGACUAAGCCUGACCUCUCCCAAAUGCAUCCCUGGUCAUUGGGAAGACCAGAGGAAAAAGUGCAAAAUUGUCCCCAUUUGGAAUGCCUGUUCUUCUGUAACCCAGUUGGAUAGUGCUACUCUGCCUGUCAUAAAGAGACACUGUUGGUUCUCUGAUUCCAGGCUGCCCUGUGAAGGAUUGCCCCAGGUAUCCCCUUUCACAGUCAUCACAUUUGCAAGGAUGACUUGUUGAACAUCCCUCUUAGGGAUGUUUCUUUUGCUCUUAUAUCCUGCAUCUUUCCUUAAGGGAAGCCCCAUCCUCUCCCAGGACCCAGGAGUAUAUGACUGGGCAAGUACAGAGGUUUGCCAAGCCAUCCUAGAACUUCAGUGGGAGAGAUAACUGGUUCAUAUUCUACCCAGGAAUGGGACUUUUCAGUGCAGCCAGACAGGCUCUUGGGAUUUACUUUUCAAAGCACAAAAAUAUUGGGACCCAAGGACAACUCUCUUGGUGCAGACAUGGACACAGCCCAUUCUGCUGACCUCACAGAGUCAGCUGGGCCCCGUGGUGCUUUACGCCCUGCAUCCUCGUGCUCAGAAUAUGCCUUUGCAGUUGAGUUUUCUGGAUUUCUAUGAUUGACCUUGAAGUUUUCCUCCUUGCUCUUAACAACAUCUAAAGAUUUUUAAAAGUUUAUUUCUUAUCUUGUUCUUCUAAAGCUUUCUCCAGGACAGAUAUUUUCUGUCUUAACCACUGGUCCAGUCACCCCGGUGGGCUUCUCUUUGUCUCUCCCAGAUUAGACCCUUGGAUGCGAUUGGCAUCACAACAUCUAAUCGGAGUCUGUCUUUUGUCCUUCAUUCUGUAGGGCAGUCUCCUUUUGUUGUAAAAGCUUUCUAAAGAAGCCUUCCCAGAGCCCUGUCUCACUGCUCCUCCAGGUGCUCUAUCUCCUCGAGACCCUCUGGUGCCAGGCUUGCUUCAUGGCCAUCUUGUGCUUUCACUGCCGUUUGGGGGCCAGUUUUCCACAGCCUAAACGGGGAAGCUGUCAAACGGGGCUCUGGUCUGUCGUUAUUCAUUUGCAUCCUAGAGGCUGAGAAUAAAACCAGGACUUCCUCACACAUGUCCUGGAACCCCAGCAUGUCCAAGGUUUCUUAACCUUGACAGCACUGACAUUGUGGACUGGGCAAUUCUUUGUUCUGCAGAGCUGUCCUGUGCAUUAUGGGAGAUUUACUAAUAUCCCUGGCUUCUACCCAGUAGCACCUCUAGCACCUCUUCCCCCAGGUUUCACAACCCAGCGUGUCUCCAGACAUUGCCAAAUAUCCCAUCAGGUACAAAAUGAUCCCCAGGCGAGACCUCCUGCCCAAGAUCUUACAGGUCACAGUGACCACAUUUGAAAUUGUUUUCCUUCCAUUUUACCCCGUGAAACCAUCUCUCCCAGAGCCUUGUUUCACGUCACCAAGAGGCAGGUAGGAUUAUUAAGUGACAUUGUAUCUACGUUUCUUCCUGUUUCAAAACUUCUGUUUCACAACAAUUUCUCUCUCCCUACGAGUACUCUUUCACUCAGCCCUGGGGAAGUUGGAAACAGCAGGUCAGCUUCAUUCCUUAGUUUACUGGGGUUAAAAAAAAAAGUCUCAGCAAUUUUCCUUGUUUCUCAUGGGUAUCAUUAUCAAACCUUUACUUAUUUCAACAUAUUUCCUCUGGGCUUCUUCUAGUUUCUGCCUUAAAAUCAUUGCUGUUUUGUAAAUGUAUUGAAAUCUCUGGAACAUUUCACCUUUAGAGGUGGAAGAUGGAGGGAUUCACACCAGACGAGGGCUUAGAGAACUUUUCUCUCUUGAGCUGAAAGAGAGCACAGCCUACCUUCCUUCGUUUUGUCGAUGAGAACGUUGAGAGCCAGAGGGGAGGUGACAUGUCCAGAGUCACCCAGCUGGUUAGUGACAGAAAAGGGUGAGACUUGUCUAGGGUUCCUGCCACUUUGAUCCUUGGCCUCUCCUGGGGGAGGCUGCUAUUCUUUGGUGCUCUAAGCUUAAACAGUCCCUCAGAAUGUGUGGGCAGGUCAGCUUAGGAGAGACGGAGAUUCAGGAUCCCCCUGUGCCAGAGCACAGCCUCACCAAUGCUGCUUCCCACGCCAGACUGUCCUGUCCCACCGUUGCUAUCUGAGGCAUCUACACAGGCAGGAAAGCUGGUGAGCCGUUUUACUUCCUGAGGACAAUUCCCCGGCCACAGGCUCUGAGUCAAAUUUCUAUUUGGUAAGCAUCCUAGCAGCAAAGUCCUGCACUCAGACCAGCCAAAAAACAGCCCCCGUUCCAAGUACUUGGUGUCAAAAGUCCCUGAAUGACUUUUAAACCCAAGUCUUCUUAAGGUUUCAGUACUGUGGUGGCUUUAGCAGUUGUUUUUGUGCAACUAUAAAUUAUUUAAAUCAUACGAGAUGACAGUCAACUUUACAAAUCAGGUACAUAUUAAUUUGUGUAAUUUUGUGUAUGCUCUGGUACACUAUACCUGAACUAACGAAGGGUAGAACUAAUUCUGUUUGUCGGUGUUCACACCUGUGACAUUAGGAGGAUAUGUCUGCAUUGCUUAUUUCUUUAUUAUGUUGAUGUUUCUGUGGCAAAGCCCUGCACAUGGCAUUUCUGAAAAGCCUUAAAUCUUCAAGAUGUUGCAUGUAGGGUAUGCAGUGCAAAAGGCUGCCUCGGAACUGCGGGCCCUUUUGUAAGCUGGAAGCAUUUCUCUUACUACUGUUACUUUUGUAGGAAGUUUUCAAUUCAGAGCUGCCAAAGCGUUCCCGUAAGCAGUGCCUUAGUAAUACCUUAGUCAUGCCGCCAGCCUUUUCUUACACUGAUUGCUAAUGUUCACUUACUAAUUGGCCCAAUAUUAGAAACAAAACAAGCAAAAAUUGUCUUCAUUUUAUGUUUUUUAAGCCCAUUUUUUUCUCCAGUUUAUAGGAAACUGACUACUUGGUCUAAAAUCUGAAACUGGGCACAAGUCAGUUCUUUCACCACACUCUCAAAUGUAUAUACCAAAACAAAAGGUUGCAACUUCAUAGUUUACUAUGAAAAGCAAAUUGUACUUUUUAAUGUUGCCUUUUAAAUUCAUGACCAAAUACUUAGCUAUUUGUGAAUCUUCUGCACUCUAGCAUGAAAGUGCCUUUGGUUUGAGAUUCCAGCUUAGAAAAGUGCUGCCAUAAUAACGAUAAUUUGUAGAGAGACCAAAAAUAUUUUGAGAUCACCGUAAUGCCUUUGGUUUACCGGGAUGAGUAACCAACCACAGGCCUCUGUUCACAAGAGCACGACGUGGUCCCCGCCUGCUGCUAGUCUGUCUGCCAGUGGGGACCCCCCACCAUCCAUAGCACGCUGCAGCGGAAGGACCCCAGAAACUGUUGUGUUUGUGUGUGCCGAUGACCCAGUGUGUCAUUUCACCUUGUCACCCAGCCCUGCGUCCAGAUGAGGGGACUUCCGCACAAACGACAGAAUCUCGGCCGGUGGACAGAUAUUACAGCUUUCUCCUUCUCCUUGUUUCAUGUUCAGUCUCUGUGGAGACUUUCUUUUCCAUUCAAAUGACAGUGCGCACUUAUCUGGUUUACACAAUGAUACCAUUUUGAAAGUUGGAAGGCUCAAACUGAGAAGACAGUGCAGAACAAAACAAAAAUGAGUUAGGGUUGUUACAAUUGAAGUCUUCUUAGGGCAAACAUAUUGACUCCGAGUAUCGUGUAUGAAUGUGCUACGAGAAACUUCCAAAGAGCACCAUUCACAAUUUGGCAUUUUCAAGGACAACUCUUUAAAGUCCUUGUUGGCUUUUAUCCAAACCUUGCAGAAAUUGGGAAAACUGUUAGAGGUGAGGAAGAGGAGUGAAAAGGACAAGAAGGCCAAACACCAGCCAAAACGAAGCCAGGAAAAAAAGAUUUUUCUUUGCUAAUAUAAAUGUAAAAAUAACAUCAGACAUCUUUGAAAAUUAGCCUCUAAACUCCUAAUACAUAUGUUCUGUCUGUCUCUAUCUGGUGUCUUUAAGAAUAUCCUCUCUGGGCUCUGAAAUUUUAGGAGUGAUUCCUAUCCACUCCAAGUUGUGAGUAUUUAUAGAAAUUUGUGCAAACAAAAACUAUCAAAUGAAAAUGUACUGAACUUAAGUUAGAGUCAGCUGCUUAAAUUCUCAGCUCCUCCCUGCCUGCACUACACCACAGUGUGGAAGAAAUUAGUCAAAUGCUGUUUUCCCGCUUCUCUUUUCAACUGUUACUGUGCUUUGUUUGACAAUAGUUCUCCCUCAUAAAGUCGUUGCUUAUAUCGUUAAGAAUGAAGGUUUGUGUUUAAAAUUUAUUGCAUUGCAAAGGGUAGUUUCACUGAAGUCAUGCACCGUUAAAUAAGAUGAAACAUUUGUAUUUAUUGUCCUACUUCCUAUGCCUAAGUAAUUUCUUUUACUCUGAAUUUGCAUUGAGUCACUCACAUGCCACACUCUACAUCGUGUUAGUAUUGGAGAUGGCUUUUAUGUUUCCUCUCGCUCAUCAUUAAAUGGGGUCAGAUUCCAUUAGAUUCCACCUCUCUCAGGUUGACUCUUUUGUCUGCCUUCCAUGAUGAGAUUGUUUCUCCUUCCCCCUUCUCUAAGAGAGGCUGACAGAUCUAGGUGUUAAUCAAUUAGAAACCAGUCUGAUUUUUUUCAUUAGUCAUUUUCUGUCAUUAGUUUCACUGUGUAAAUUAGGUAUCAACUGCACUUCCUUCAAGAAACAAAAAACAUCUCCCUGUUACCUCCUUGAAAGAUUUACUUCUGUAGGCCUUUUUCAAUAGGCUCAUGACUGCAGACAAGGAAAAAAAAAGUAAAAACAAAAACAGUACGUGCCUGAAAAUGACAAAAAAAUUUUUUGUAACAUUUAAGAAAGAAACCUGAAUAGCCUUUACUUCAAUAAUACACUUAAAUUUUACGUAAAUUGGUUUUUGCCACGUGUGUUUGUUCACAUUCUAAAUGACUUAAUGGGAUUCUCUCAGUCUGUGUGUCUGUGUCACGUGUAUAAAAUGGGCUUGUGACGUAGGCGUUUCAUCUGGUCAGUGGUUCCUUUGAUAUUGUACUGCUGCUGGGAGUGGGCUAUGGAACCUGCCUUCGGGUAACUGGGUUCCUCUUGGGUAGAUUGGAGAGAUGGGGGUGGGCGUGGGCAAAUUCUCACACACGUUUUCUUAACCUAUUUGCAGAAACUUUCAAAAGGCAUUUGAUUAAACCUCUUGGCAGUACAGUAUUCUUGUAUUUGUUAAUGUCUGUGUUUAGGUACUGGUACCUUUUUGUUUUAAAAUGUUCUAAGUGUUGGCUUUAAAGUGAAUUUAUCUUUAGUAUGAUAGUUAUAUGAAAAUUAUAGGAUUUGUGUGCAGAGAAUUUUUUUAUAAAGUGCUUUGUAAAAAAAAAAAAAUGUAUUCUAGCUUUUGCGGUACAUAUGUGUGAUAACUUUAAUAUCCAUGACAGUUAAGUGCAAUUAUUUCAUCACUCUAAAAAUGCUAUUUUUGUGUCAGUUCCUGCAGGUGUUUUCAUGUCUUUGCAAAGUGACACAUUUUGAUGCCUUCUUGAUAAAGUGGUAGACAUUUUGUAGCUUUCUAGAAACUUUGUAUUCAUACGGUAUCAAUGGAAAAUAAAGAAAAUGAAAGUGUGGGUCA